AUGUGGCGGCUUUUAGGAUUUGGAGUCGUUCUGGCCGCCGUCGCGGCGCCCAACAACCAGGUUCCUAAGACUGGCUUUUCCUGCGAGGGCCGCACCACGGGGUACUACGCCGACGUGGAAAGCGGCUGCCAAGUCUACCACAUGUGUGACGGUUUAGGCCGCCAGUUCAGCUACACUUGUCCCAAUGCAACUCUCUUCCAACAGAGAAUGUUGAUUUGCGACCACUGGUACAUGGUCAACUGUAGCAAAUCUGUGGAUGAUUACACGGCCAAUUUGCGCAUCGGGCACAAGGAAAUGCCCUUCGUUGACGACAACGAAGCCAAUCCUUACCACAGGACCCCCAGGCCUGACCUCCUCUCGCACCCCAGUCAGUCCGAAUACGACAUUAUCUACCGCACCGGAAGGGCGCAGCUUGGCACCAAUCUGAAUCUAGUCGGCGCCGAAUCAGACCCCAAAAACAGUACCACCAGUACCACAGACGAACCCGCCUAUUCUCUACCCAGCCACUGGUCAACGGAAUAUAACAAACAAGUGACCACAACUAAACCAAAACCGGCCAAAAAGGGGAAACCCACCACAGUCAGGGUGAACUACCAGUCUAAUUAUAAAGCCACGACUCCUGUGUUCCCCCAAAGUGUGGAGGUGACCGAAGCCCCCGAUUUGGAACUAGUGCCCCCUUCGGGGAGUACCGAAAGCUCGGUUAAUUUCGAGUCGAGGUUCAAGGCUACGACUCCGGUGUUUCCCCUAAGUGUGGACGUGACGGAAGCCCCAAAUUUGGGACUUCUGCCACCUCUACCCUACCAACUUAACGACACGAAACCAAACGAAAAUUUAGUCGUUAGUACGGUCAAUUUCGAGUCAAAAUUCAAGGCCACGACCCCAGUCUACCCCAAAAGUGUCGAACUGACGAGUGAAGAACCGUCCGAAGUUGGGGUUUUGCCCCCCAAAGACACCAAUUCGACUGAAACUGAUGUUGUGCCCCCUUUAAGUAUAGAUUUUGAGCCGCCUGUUGUCGACUCUAAUUUCAAGCCAGGUGAUCACAGUGAGGAAAUACCACCAGAAUUACCGUCAAAGUUCUACCAACCCCCGAAAUUUGAACCUGACUAUACCGAAUUAGCGAAGCUAAAGGGUGGGUUUAAGGCGCUUAGCAGCGGCGAAUGGGAGGAUUUGAGGAAGAAGUUCCUGAUUCCCGAUUACGAGUUUCCCUUAGAGACCGUUUCAAGGCCUAGUUAUGACAGUGUUUUGAGUUCGUUUCAAGUCGGACCAGUGCCAUCCGAGAAAGAGUGA